UCCCUUGUUAAUAACUCGGGCCAAUCCCUUCUUGCACGCCGGUAUCACUAGACGGCCGGAGCGGCGGCAGAGAGAGAUAGAGAGAGAGAGAGAGAGAGAGCGCGAUGGCGGAGGUGGCGAGCUCGGUGGUGCACGAGGUGCUCGGCGACCGGGCGCGCGACGUCGAUGAGCCCAUAAUCGAUUACAUCAUCAACGUCCUCGCCGACGAGGACUUCGACUUCGGCGUCGACGGCGACGGCGCCUUCGAGGCCGUCGGCGAGCUCCUCGUUGAUUCGGGUUGCGUCCGGGACGACGCCGAGGGACAAUUGGUCUGCAGCAAAAUUUCAGAGAAGUUUGGAAAACAUGGGCUAGUGAAACCUAAAGAAGCUGUUAGAAGUCUAGCCACACCUUUGCGGAUGUAUGAUGGGAUGGAUGAGACUGAAACCCGAAAGAAACAGCCGGAGGUGCUUGAUGGUCCAGUGCUCUCUGAACGUGAUAAGGCAAAACUUGAAAGAAGAAAGAGGAAAGAUGAGCGACAGAGACAGGCCCAAUAUCAAAUGCAUUUGGCGGAGAUGGAGGCAGUUAGAGCAGGGAUGCCUGUUAUAUCCGUAUAUCAUGGUGGAAAUGAGGGACCAGCUGUCAGGGAUAUCCAUAUGGAGAACUUUACUGUUUCGGUUGGUGGCCGUGAUCUCAUCAAAGAUGCUUCAGUGACUCUUUCAUUUGGAAGGCACUAUGGUCUUGUUGGGAGAAAUGGUACCGGUAAAACUUCUUUCCUGAGGCAUAUGGCUAUGCAUGCUAUUGAUGGUAUUCCUAAGAACUGCCAAAUACUACAUGUGGAGCAAGAAGUUGAGGGAGAUGACACAUCAGCCCUGCAGUGUAUCCUGAACUCUGAUAUUGAGAGAAUUCAACUCUUGGAAGAAGAAGCUCGUCUACUUUCACAACAGAGAGAUCUAGAAUAUGAUGAAGAAACGGGAAAGAGUAAUGCCAAGGUUAAUGGUUCAAUAGACAAAGAUGCUAUGUCAAAAAGACUUGAACAGAUAUAUGAAAGACUUGAGUUUAUUGAUGCUUAUUCUGCAGAGUCACGUGCUGCUUCGAUUUUGGCGGGUCUUAGCUUUACUCCAGAAAUGCAGCGGAAGCCUACAAAAACAUUUUCUGGUGGAUGGCGGAUGCGAAUAGCUCUUGCGCGUGCUCUGUUUAUUGAGCCUGAUUUACUACUACUUGAUGAACCAACGAACCAUCUUGAUCUUCAUGCUGUAUUAUGGCUGGAAACAUAUCUGGUUAGAUGGCCCAAAACACUUAUUGUGGUUUCUCAUGCCAGAGAGUUUUUGAAUACGGUAGUUACAGAUAUUAUCCAUUUACAUGGACAAAAGCUGACUACUUACAAAGGGGACUAUGACACGUUUGAGAGGUCACGUGAAGAGCAGCUCAAAAAUCAACAGAAGGCCUUUGAAUCAAGCGAAAAGUCUAGGGCCCACAUGCAGGCUUUCAUUGACAAAUUUCGUUACAAUGCAAAGCGGGCAUCCCUUGUUCAGUCGAGAAUCAAGGCAUUGGAGCGAAUGGGUCAUGUAGAUGCUGUCGUCAGUGAUCCAGACUACAAAUUUGAGUUCCCAACCCCGGAUGACAGACCAGGGCCUCCAAUUAUAAGUUUCAGUGAUGCAUCAUUUGGUUAUCCAGGAGGGCCCAUCUUGUUUAAAAACUUGAAUUUUGGUAUAGACCUUGACAGUCGCAUUUCAAUGGUUGGUCCAAAUGGCAUUGGCAAGUCCACCUUACUCAAAUUAAUAUCCGGAGAUCUUCAACCAACUUCUGGAACCGUGUUUCGUUCUGCAAAGGUUCGUAUGGCUGUAUUUAGUCAACACCAUGUCGAUGGGCUCGACCUAUCUUCAAAUCCCCUUCUCUAUAUGAUGCGAUGCUACCCUGGAGUACCUGAACAGAAACUUAGAGCUCAUUUGGGUUCAUUUGGUAUUACGGGAAAUCUUGCACUCCAGCCAAUGUACACUCUGUCAGGUGGUCAGAAAAGCAGGGUUGCAUUUUCAAAGAUCACCUUCAAAAAACCCCACAUUAUAUUGCUUGAUGAGCCAUCAAACCAUCUUGACUUAGAUGCUGUUGAGGCACUCAUCCAGGGUCUUGUUCUCUUCCAAGGAGGAGUGCUAAUGGUAAGCCAUGAUGAACAUCUAAUAUCAGGGAGUGUUGACGAGCUGUGGGUAGUAUCAGAGGGCAAGGUCACACCGUUUUCAGGGACAUUCCAUGAUUACAAGAACAUGCUGAGGUCCUCUGGAAAUUGAUCAGAUCUGUUCCCUACCUCAAAACAUGCAUGCACAGCACACAUACACCAAUCUCACAAAGUACCUUUGCCAAUAUUCUAUUAAAACUUAUAGCAUAUUCAUGACAAUGCAAUUUUGUAGAAUAUUUCAAAGUGCAAUGCAGGUUUGACCUUUGUUUAUCCCACUAUUGUAUUUGAUAUGGAGUCCCCCAAUUCCCUGAUCCUGGGUGCAUGAUGGCCAGGCCCUGUAGCCUAUGGGGCACGGUCGGGGACUUUGGGCAAGACAUGGGCAAAGAGGUUAGGGGAGUUCGGGCGAGGCACAACCGGGAAGAUUUGGCAAGAUGUGGGCGACAGAGAGAUUGAAGGGAGGUUCGACAGGGCAUGGAUGAGGGAGAUUUGUUGAGAUGUCAGUGAGAGGUCAAGGAGAGGCAUGGUGGGGGUAUAGCUAUGGAGUUUUGGUGAGAGGCGAGGUCAGGAUGGGAUAAUGUUCUUUGGACUAAAGGCAGGCCACAAGUGCUAAUUUUAUCAAAGCUAGGUUAUCAAGUUGUCCCAAUCGUCUUAGGCUUUCCCAUUCCUCUGAUUUUUGUCGCAUACGGUAUGCUCUAUUUAAUCAGCUGUAUUUUCCUUUGACAAUGUUUAUUUUUGGUCAUGACAAAUAUGUAUCAGCUGUCAAUUCAGAUCAA